CCCAAAAUUCCCAAGGAUCAUGAAAUAUCAGCGGUCUCUCUCUUCCCCCUCUCUCUCGCCCCUUUCGCGCCGCCGAUCAAACGAACAAAAGGUAAAGCUCAAUUUCUCUCUCUUAUCUUUCUCUCUCUCUCAUUCUAUAAACCCUAAAUCCUAUCAUCAUUAGGGUUUACUUUCUCUCCCCCAAAUCCCACAAAACCCUAAAAUCGAUCCCUUAAAUUUCUUCUAAUUGGCGUAGAAGAUAGUUCGUUCAUCUGAUUGCUCGGUAGAAAUCAAUUCUUGGCGAAUCAUCUGCUAAUUAGUGAAGUUAUUUUAUCGUAAAUGGCGAUUGCCGCUUCUGGGCAACUGAACCUGGAUGAAGCUCCAUCUUGGGGUUCUCGGAGCGUCGACUGCUUCGAGAAAUUGGAGCAGAUUGGGGAAGGGACUUAUGGACAGGUGUAUAUGGCAAAAGAAAUAAGAACAGGAGAAGUAGUAGCAUUGAAAAAAAUUAGAAUGGACAAUGAGAGAGAAGGGUUUCCUAUAACGGCAAUACGUGAAAUAAAAAUUCUGAAGAAGCUGCAACAUGAGAAUGUUAUUCAACUGAAAGAAAUUGUAACUUCUCCAGGUCCAGAAAAAGAUGAGCAAGGAAGACCAGAUGGAAACAAAUACAAGGGAAGUAUCUACAUGGUAUUUGAGUAUAUGGAUCACGAUCUGACUGGCCUUUCAGAUCGUCCUGGUAUGAGAUUUACAGUACCUCAGAUAAAGUGCUACAUGAGGCAGCUGCUAACUGGAUUGCAUUAUUGCCACGUGAACCAAGUGCUACAUCGUGACAUAAAAGGGUCAAAUUUACUCAUUGAUAAUGAUGGAAAUUUAAAGCUUGCUGAUUUUGGACUUGCACGCUCCUUCUCCAGUGAUCAUAAUGGAAAUUUAACAAAUCGCGUGAUCACUUUAUGGUACAGACCUCCGGAGCUUUUGCUUGGGGCGACGAAGUAUGGUCCAGCUGUUGACAUGUGGUCUGUUGGAUGUAUAUUUGCAGAACUUCUUCAUGGAAAACCGAUCUUGCCUGGAAAGAAUGAGCCAGAGCAAUUGACUAAGAUUUUUGAACUUUGUGGAACACCGGAUGAGAUUAAUUGGCCUGGUGUUACCAAGAUACCCUGGUAUAACAACUUCAAGCCAUCAAGGCCAAUGAAGAGGCGUGUGAGAGAGGUUUUUAAGCAUUUUGACCGCCAUGCAUUGGAGUUACUUGAGAGGAUGCUAACACUCGAUCCAUCUCAGAGAAUCUCUGCAAAGGAUGCACUAGACGCGGAGUACUUCUGGAAUGACCCAUUACCAUGUGAUCCUAAAAGUUUACCGAAAUACGAAUCCUCUCACGAGUUCCAAACCAAGAAGAAAGGGCAGAACAAGCGACAGCAUGAGGAGAUGGCGAAGCGACAGAAAGCUCGCAGCAUCCAACAGCACCACACCCGCCUCCCUUCCAAUCCUAGCCAAACCAGGGGGGCAGGCCACACCCUACAGAUUCGGCGCAGGGCGGGCCCUCUGCAGCCCAUCCACAACCAUCCGUCAAAGAUGGCAGCAGGUGCCCGAAGCCACCAUUAUGGGAAGCCACAGGGACGGGUGGGACGCUACCCCACAGGCGGAAACCCUAGCGGUGAUAACAACAACUCCUAAUCACCCGAGUCGCGGUAGGGCCAGGGUGGCGGAGGCUACAGUCAGUGGGAGCCCUAUCCGCCGCAGGGCCGCGGGCAGUAUGCGGGAGCGGGGAUGCGGGAGCUUGGUAGAGGCGGUGGCAGUAGUGGUGCUGGGUUAGGUGCCCCGAACUAUCCACCGGGGGGCCCAUAUGGGGGUUCUGGUGGUGGGCGAGGACCGAACAUGGGUGGUAGUCGCAACCAGCAGUACAAUAACUGGCAGUAGCUGGGCUCAGUGCAGCUUUUUGGCAAUGGGUUGUAUCUGAGGUUAACAUUCUGUUAUAACUUAAUCAAGGACUGGUUCCCCAGUGCUUUGUAUAUCCAUCUGUUGGUUUGGGUAUAUUGAGGUUCGGCGGUCUGUUCUUGAAUUUAGGACGACAUUUAUUAUUGGUUUGAGUUGGACUGGGACCAGAGGAAACCAGGAAAUCGUACCAAGAGUGAUCUGAUGUAUACUGGUAAUCCAUAGAGUUACAUAUUUCUUCAAUGUCAUUUGAUGUCAUGCAUUUGAGAAAAUAGUGAGCUUACAGGCCCGUUGGUUGGUGUCAAGAUUUGUGCUGUUCUGCUUCA